AUGUCACAAAUACAACCGGCCACAGUCCAGGCGCCUGCUGCGCCUGCCACGACCAUUCAACGGCCAGCGCAGGCCCAUGAUAGGAGUCCAAUCGUCGUCACAACAGCAGAUGCCAGCCCAGCGCCAGCUACAGAGCUACCCGCAGAAGUGCACAACAUAGGACCAGCCACGACAACGCCUCCGGUAGAGCAAGAGAAGGGAACCGACCAGAAAUCAGCACCACCAAUGAUUCAAGGCGUCACACCACUGCACAUGCUCGGCGACAAGCCGCAACCGAUCGACUGCCCGUUUUGUAUGAGAAGGACGAUGACCGUCGUGGAUACGGAAAGCACCGGCAUGCAGAUGCUCGCCGGCGCCUUGUGCUGCCUUCUCUGCGUCUGUCUUACUUGCGUACCUUGUAUUGCAGGUUGGUGUGAAGAUACCCACUACUCUUGCGGCAACUGCCACAAAAGGGUUGCCACAAGACCUUACGAUGGCCCGAUUCAGGUGUUUGGGCCACACGGCCAGAUGUUUCCUAUGGUUCCUUCUCAAUAUGAGCCUAUGGCGCCGCCUGUUGCUGAGCAGCAAAGUCCUCCGGUGUACAAGUAA